CUUCCCGUGGAAAUCAUCCACAACUACAAUUAAUCACCUCAUCCUGGCUUCAUGUUUGUGCGGAACUGCUGCUUCUGAGGAACAAAGGAGGAAUCCCACUACAUUUUUUAUUUAUUUAUUUUAAAUCACGGAUCAGAACAAAGUGUUUGUGCUGAAAAAAUGAAGACAUCCUUUAGAUCCACGUUGCACCAUUAUGUCGUACAGCUUUGCGCCACUCACCUCUAAUCAGCCAUGAAGUUGGAUUUGCAAAGCAUAGCGGGUGCUACAAUGAGUACAUUACCAACAGGUGGGCAGUACCUCGGCUCCAACGACGCCAGCUAUGAUGACCCUUCCAUUGAUUCGAACCUAAUCAAGCAUGGGUUCCACAUCGCUAAAACUCACUCUGCCUCUGUCGGCAGCUCCAUCCCCUCAGGACUCAUUCCUGGAAAUAAGGAGGUGAUCUAUAGCAGCCUCGCCACCGUGUACCCCACCAACAUAUCUGACUUUCUGGGUAACGGGACCUCCAUCGGGGGUGCAGCACAAUGUGACAAUGAUAUUGUGGACAACAUGGAGUGUUUUAUGAUUCUGACUCCUAGUCAACAGCUGGCAGUAGCCAUCCUGGCUCUCACCCUGGGGACUUUUACCGUGCUGGAGAACCUCAUGGUGCUCUGUGUGAUCCUACACUCCCAGACUCUACGAUCUCGCCCUUCGUACCACUUCAUUGGAAGUCUGGCUGUGGCUGAUCUAAUCGGAAGCAUCAUUUUUGUCUACAGCUUCUUGGACUUCCACGUCCUCCACAGGAAGGACAGCCCCAACAUUUUCCUGUUCAAGCUGGCUGGGGUCAUUGCUUCCUUCACUGCUUCUGUGGGCAGCCUGUUCCUCACAGCAAUUGACCGCUACAUCUCCAUCCACAGGCCUAUGGCCUACAAACGUAUUGUGACCAAGACCAAAGCGGUCAUUGCUUUCAGCAUGAUGUGGUUUAUCUCCAUCGUCAUCUCUUUGCUCCCACUGCUGGGCUGGAACUGCAAGCGUCUCAACUCUGUCUGCUCGGACAUUUUCCCUCUAAUUGACCAGAAGUACCUGAUGUUCUGGAUCGGCAUGACAAGCGUGUUGCUCUUGGUCAUCAUCUAUGCCUACAUGUUUAUCCUCUGGAAGUCCCAUAGCCAUGCCGUCCGCAUGCUCAGGCGUAGCUCCCAGAGGAGCAUAAUCGUCUACACAGCAGACGGCACAAAAGUCCAGACCGUGAGGCCUGAGCAGGCUCGGAUGGACCUCCGUCUGGCUAAGACGCUUGUCCUGAUCCUGGUGGCCCUCAUCAUCUGCUGGGGCCCACUUCUCGCCAUCAUGGUUUAUGACCUCUUUGGGAAGGUGAACAACUUCAUCAAGACUAUAUUUGCCUUUUGCAGCAUGCUCUGCCUGCUCAACUCCACGGUGAACCCUGUGAUUUACGCCAUGAGGAGCAAGGACCUGCGCAGGGCCUUCCUCAACAUCUGCCACAUGUGCUGGGGAGUGACACAGCCUCUGGACAACAGCGCAGAGAGUGACUGGAACAGCAGGAGCUUGAGAGGCACCGUGAGAGCAGCCGGCUGUGUAAAGCGAAGAGUAAAAGUGGCCCAGAUCGGCAUCUCUGGAGCCACCGAGACCUCGACUGCAGAGCCGAUUUAACGUUCUAUACAGCUGUGAAAGAUGUUGUGAAAUAACUGC